AUGCGAUUCACGAACGCAACACUGCCUCCGUGGUUCGACUAUCUCGAACUCGUGGUUAAUUACUCAUGCAUGACCUACAUGGCUAUUACCUUACCUCUAUAUAUAACCGUAGUAACUAUUAUGAUUACUCUCAGAAAAACUUCUUACAAAGGCAUGUUCUAUCGAAUAUUCAUUGUCGGUGGAGUGCUUGAUAUCAUCGCAAUUCUCAAUAAUUAUCUUGGAGCUAUUUUCCCGUCUAGAAGUUGGUUUCUCGACUUCUACAUGUCACAAGGAACAACUUUCGGUCAAAUCUACUUAGUCAUUGCAUGGACUACACGUUGUAGUCAAGGAUGUACUGUAACACUACUGGCCCUGAACAGAGCUACAGCUGUGUGUAGCCCAAUCAGGCACAAGCAGGGCGGCGCAGGAUCCGGUCAACCAAAGUGA